AUGAAAAAACUCCAGAGCACAUCACUAAACUUCUCUGUUUUGAGUUUUCGAUCCGGCGUUUGUGUGUUCGUGAUUUGUGUUUGCGAAUGUGUUGCGGCGAUUUCAGGGAAUCUCCGCAUUACAACUGUUAAAAACAGUUCAAUCCGCUUUAUUAUCAAAGGCCGAGGUAUGCCCGGAAGAGGUGGUAUGGGGCGUCCGCCCUUCAACAGACCGCGGGUGUUGAUGCUGAGACCUCCCUUCGACCUGAUAUUGGCGGAGCCUGCGUUCCCGAGGUGCAAACCGGCGCCCGAUGACACCGCUUUGACACAGGCACUCCUCAAAAGGCAUGCUGAGCUGUGCCCAACACCAGCGGAACAGGCUGCAGUACUCAGUUUAGUUACAAAACUACAGACUGUCCUUGAUAACCUGGUUGUGGCUCCUGGAGAUUUUGCUGCCUGUCAACUAGAGGAGGUACGACAGGUUGGUUCUUACAAGAAAGGCACAAUGAUGGCCUGCAAAAAUGUCGCUGACAUUGUUGUCAUAAUGAAGACUUUACCCACCAAGGAGGCUGUGGAGGGGCUCUCCAAUAAGGUGAAUGAAGAACUAAAUAAGCUGAUGCGAGCUGAAGGGCUGGGCAACGUGAGCAGUGCAUGCCACGAGCGGGGAUUCACCGUGACCGCGGCGAGCAGCGCCGUCAGGGUACUUGUCACUACCCUGCAUCAUAACUUGAGGAAGUUGGAGCCGGAGGUCCACUUGGAUUACAAGGUGAUCAGCAGCCAUUUAGCUGCGAUCAGACAUAGCCGUUGGUUCGAAGAGAAUGCUCAUCAUUCUUCCAUCAAGGUAUUAAUCCGCCUUUUGCGUGACAUGUGCGCGCGUCACUCUGGCCUAGAACCCCUGACCCCUUGGAUGAUCGAUCUUCUAGCACACCACUGCAUCAUGAACAAUCCGGCGAGACAAGUGCUACCGAUCAAUGUGGCUUUCAGGCGAGCUUUAUCGUUGUUGGCGGGUGGGUUGUUCCUGCCAGGGUGCGCGGGUCUCCCGGAUCCGUGUGAGGCGGCGCAUGCGCGCGCGCAUACCGCGCUGGAUCUACCCGCGCAGGACCACGCCGCGGCUACAGCACAAACCCUCCUCCGGGUGGUUGCCCGCGGCGGUCACCGCUACGUUUUGGGCCUGCAAGCCUUCGAGGGGGGCAAAGACAUCUCGACCGAGAUCACUGUCUGGGACGGAGUCGUGGUUUCCCCUCUGGCCCCGGCCUACAACGAGACACCAGAGCCCAUGGACACAGACGAGAAAGAGGACGAAGGACCGGACGGUGUGGCUGCUUAG